AAAAUUCAAGCCAGCAGUCGCCGCCAAUCCAACAAACACCCGUCUACGGCCAGCAGAACGAGUAAAGAUGCCUCCGAAGCAAGCGACAACUGCAGCUCUGGCGCAGACAGACAGACCGCGGUUUGCGUGUCGCCACUGCUCGUCGACGUUUAAACGAAAGGAGCACAUGAUCAGACACGAGCGAUCCCAUACUGCCGAGAGACCCUAUGAGUGCUCGCAUUGCGAAACUGCCUUCACGAGAAAGGACCUGCUGGUUCGACACAAACGUACUUGCGCGGUAGCAAACGCCGCUCAGAACUUGAACGAAGAGGAAAGCGAAGAUAUCCCGAAGCCAUCCGCGAAGCCACGCACAGUGAAAAUCAUUCAUAAAAAGAAAUUUAUCGUCGAAGAUGAGUACGAGGAAGAAGAGGACGAGACAAUGGAGGACGACGCCCUGCAUCUGGCGUCGGAGUACGACCCGUCAAACCUGAGCCAGUACGACCAUCUGAUACCUAACGCCGAUCGCGAUUCUUCAGUUUACGAGACCGGCACAGACACUGAGACUUCGACUGGCGAGGACUGGGAUUCAGUUCCGGACGACGUUUCACCUUCCGACUCGGGAUCGCCGGCUCCGGACUGGGCCGAUUCAGUUAUUGACUCUGCAGUCUUUACCGACGCGUUUCUUCGCGACCUGUCUUAUGUUCUCGUUUCGACUUGUGGUGUUGAUAUUUCAGUCUGUCCAAUCUCCGCGGCAGACAUCAACAGGUUUAUUAUCGCAUAUCGGAAACACGUUGCCAAACAGAUGCCAAUUAUCCACCCCUCACUUUUUGAAUACGACUACCUUCCCCUCAACGAUUUUACUCUACUCGACCAAGUCGAUCCGGCAGUCGCCGCCAACUGCGUUGUUCUUCUCACGACUGCUGCUUUGGGAGCUACGUGCUUGUCGAUGCACGAACCUGCGCGAUUACUCCGGGACCUUAGUCUCAAAUGCGUGACUGUGCUGUUUGAUCUUUCCAGUCCGCGCCAGUCUGAGGAAUUCGCUCUUGGCGUCAUGCAAGUGAGACUUUUAUGUGGAAUCUUUGAUGCCUGGAGUGCAAACAAGCAGUUAGCGGAACGUGCUUUGGACGAGCAGGCCGCGCUCGUACGUGCCUGUGUUACGGGAAUAUCACGAAGAUGCGCGCGCGUCACUGAUUCUUUCAAAGCCUGGAGGAUUCGAGAGUCGUAUCAUCGGCUGUAUUGGGGAUUCUACACCUUUAUGUCCAAUCUGUACCUCUCGUUUGGUGACAUUUGUCCGCUUCCCCGGAUAGGAACCGAGAAGCUCCCGCUGCCAGAGUCAGAUGCGCUAUGGGAGGAGUUGAACGAGAAUUCGUGGCGCGAGUUGCUCUCACAGGUCGAAGAGCCUUCUACGUCAGAUGUCGCGCUAGCUCGGAUCUUGGCGUUCAACGAUGUUGGGGAUCAUGGCAAUACAGGCUCUGCCGACUCGUCUUAUUCGGGUUUUGCGACUUGUGUGAUGCUGAGAAUUCUUCUGCACCAUUUGUCAACGACGAACCAGGUUCUGAGAUUCGGUGGCAUCCACAGCGUUCCAGCUACGAUCGAGCUCGAUUAUCUGCGAACGUUGUCGUUUGAACAGGUUGAUAGAAUCGUCGCUCAUCUCUCGGCCCAGUCGUCGCAUCAGGGCCGAUGGUCCUCACGGCCACAGUUUGAGACUUUGAUUCAGAUGAUUAAGCUGCGCCGGCUGAACUUGCCUGCUACAAGAAGACUGGGUGUUUUGAGCAGUCUAGUGCUUGAUGAGGAUUUGGGCUUGGAUUUGAUGGAAGCGUUGGAAAAUCGAUGCAAGAGAUCGACUAACGUCACAAAGACUCUCUCGAUCUGUCUGUCGUAUAUCCAGCCAUAUCUGUUCAAGAAGAGCCAUAUAGACAGCAUCGAAGAGCUACUGUGUACCUGGGAAUCCGUUUUAUGUCUGAUUAUUUGGAUCCGAACAAUCGAGAUCAACUACAGCUCCGGAAUCAGCGUGCAGCCCGAAGAGGCCGCGAUGAUUGACGACGUGACGCGCAUCGUGACGAGUAAGCGCAACACGUUCUUCCGCGAGACGGCGCCCGAGUCGGGCCAGGAGAAGAUGUAUCUGACGACGCGGCUGGCGUAUACGUGGUGUGGGGUUCUGAGGAAGGAGGAUAUGAUUAAGUGUGGAGAGCAGGUGCGGUCGUUUUUGGCAAAUUUGAUUACCAAGUUGUAGUCUGCUGGCUUUCGUUUUUAACGUUGCGAAUGGUGGUGGGUUGGAAGUAAAAUGAGUGGACGGUUGAUGUUUUGUUGAUUCUGGGAUGGCGCAUGUGUGGCUAGUCGUAUUUAUUCUGUAUAAUAGUCUUGUGGCAGUAAUGUAUAAUGCUCGUACUUCUUUUAA